CAACUCGAACAUGAAGUAAAUGGUUGAAGCGGCCACUGCCCAGCUUGUGGUGAGCUGUCGAUGACAUGACAAACGUAACUUGUCAAUUGCUUGGCGAUAAAAUUAAUUGUAAUGGUACGGUUUUUGUGCAAGAAGAGAAGACGCUCACAUAUGAAGACGAGUGGUUUUGGAUUUAUCUCGGAAUAUAUGCAGGCCUCGUGUUGGUUGCAGGGCUGAUGUCGGGGCUGACCAUGGGUCUUCUCUCUCUGGACCUGAUGACCCUGCAGAUAAUGAAGGAAGGGGGAACUCCAAAACAACAAAAACAAGCCAAGAAGAUUCUCCCCAUCGUCAAGAGGCACCAUCUCCUCCUGGUCACCCUACUGCUGGCCAACGCAGCAGCUGUCGAGGCCAUGCCGAUCUUCUUAGAUAGAAUCUCGGAUCCCAUCAUCGCCAUUCUUGUCUCGGUCACUGCUGUGCUUAUCUUUGGAGAAGUCGUUCCCCAAGCCAUUUGUACAAGAUUUGGACUGGCCAUUGGAGCAACUUUAGCCCCAGUUGUCUAUCUGCUGAUGGCCCUACUGUUUGUAGUGGCCUGGCCAUUGUCCAAGUUGUUAGACUGUGUUCUUGGUCAUGACCAUGGAACUUUUUUCCGUCGAGCCCAGCUCAAAGUUCUAGUGGAUUUGCAUGGCCCGAAUUCCCAAGGCAAUCUGAGUCAUCAUCAAGAAGAUGAAGAUGACGAUGAACCGCUGACUGUCGAUGAAGUUCUUAUCAUUAAGGGUGCACUCGACAUGAAGAAUAAGACGGUGAAGGAUGCCAUGCUUCCUCUGUCUGACGUAUUCAUGAUUGACAUUGAUUCUGUCAUGGACAAAUCAACCAUGAUUAAGAUCCUCCAGCAAGCUCACUCUCGUAUUCCUGUCUAUGAACAUCAUGCAGGUAAUGUUGUGGGCUUACUCCUCGUGAAGAACUACAUCAUGUUGAACCCAGAGGCGAAUACCCCUGUCCGAGAACUACUGACAAAUGAAUGCUCGGUGAACCUUGUUUAUGUCAUGGACGACAUGCCGCUGUUUGAUCUACUAAAUCUAUUUCAAACGGGAAAAAGUCAUUUAGCCUUUGUGAGGAAGCACACCCCGGUCACGGAGACUGCGGGGGGAUACGAUAUAGAGUGUUCACCGGAGUCCAGAGAGAUCAUUGGCAUAAUAACCCUAGAGGAUGUUAUAGAGGAGCUGAUCCAGGAGGAGAUAAUUGACGAGACGGAUGUUUACGUAGACAUACACCGGCGGGUACAGGUGGCGAGGGCCAAGAAAGCGAGGAGAAAUAUGCUAAAUCGACUGCACUCCCUUGAUCCCUAUGGGAGUGAUCUCCCUUCUACCAGCAACAGAUCGGGGUUACACACGACUGAAUUAGAUGAUUUAGCUUGCUCGGCCAUAAUAAAAAGUCAAUCUCAACCCGCGCUGAAGCGCCCCCCCUUAAAACGCCUGGUGUCGGGGUCCCUCCCAGAGGACAGCAACAUGCACGCCAUACAGGAAGAUGAUGAUAUGGCUCCACUUCUACAAAAUACACGGAAUGUUGUCUUCACAUGAGCUGGGAUUUCUGGAGAACUUCCUUAAGUAUUAUUUGUUACUUUUAUUAGCUGUGAUAUUAUAAUUCAACAUUUAAGCAAAUGUCUCUUUAACUCUGUCUGAAAGAAUAUAUGUGAUAGGAGGCUAACUUGACAUCACUUUAAAUUGACUUUAAUGAAUAUGAUGCUUGUUUAAAAGUGAGUAUUGAAUAUAAGUGAUAGCAUAUUCAUAAUACAAACCGCCGAAGAUUAUAGAUUUAAUUUUUAUUAAUAUGUACUUAUUUUGGUUAAUUUUUGCAAACUGUAAAGUAUAUAUGUUACUUCAGGAAACAAUGAGUUUGGUUUUGUCUAUUUAUCUCUAUGCUGUGUGUUAUUGUGUAUGAAAACUUUUAAGUAUGCUGUUUUUUGAAACCAGAGUUAUCUAAUCUUUGAUGAAAAUUUUUCAUCGAUUUUGUUAAAAUUCCUUAUCCUAUUUUUCUGAUCUCUGUAUGUGCUAAAAACAAGAAGCAGUACUAGGUGAUAAAUAGGCAUAUUGGAUUUAAACAUAAAUUCAGAUGUAUUGCAGUUUUGUCCAAUGCUGUUGGUUUGGCACCAGUUAGGCCACAAAUAGGCUAUGGUAGUACCUUGCUAUUUACACCUAGAAUGUUGAAAUUGUGAAGUUGUAGAGUUAUAUUCAUGUAAUGGACAUAUACAUGUACAUGUGCUUACACUGUACAUACAUGUAUAUGUAAACCCUACAAUUUGUCUGUGAAAUCAAAACCUAGAAGCAUGUCAGUUUUGCUUAAGCCAUGGAAUGGGACCCAAUGAAAUGUCGUUUUACUCCAUUAUUUUCUAUGGGGUAGCGAAUUUUCAAAACUUGAUUUGACGGAUGUGAAUGGACCACGCUAUACCUAUCUAUCCUAGUCUUUCCUUUUUUGUACAUUUCUAACAAUUUUGCAUUAUAUUUUCAUCAGAAAUGAUACAAAACAAAAAAAUUGGUGCACUCUGUAUUUUAACCCAAAAUUUAAGCUAAUUUUGUCUUUCAUAUCAUAUACUGUGUUAACUAUUGUGUAGGGACUGUAAGUUUUAUAUUGCACAGCUAAUAACAUGGCUGUUUAAAUGAAUGUGUGUGAUCUCUACCUAUCUCACUGUAGGACAGGUUUUGUGUUUUUUACGUUACUGGGAAAUACUACAGCGUGUAUUUUAUGAUACCAGUAUAAUGUUUGUUUGAUUCCAUGAUUAGGGAAAUGGGAACAAAGAACGGGAACAUAGGAAUCCACUUAAUACAUUGUAGGUAUAUUUGUAUGUAUAGAUGUAUUUUGAAUUUCUUAAGAAUCAAAUCAUUUUACCCGCUUCUACGACAAUGGAAUGAUAAAUUUGAUGUUAGAAUUGAUGCAGCCAAAGUUACAUAUGACACUGAUUUUGACUACGGAUAACUCCGUUUACCUGAUUAGGAUAUAGGGCUCACGGCGGGUGUGAACGGUCAACAGAUGCUUACUCCUCCUAGGCACCUGAUCCCACCUCUGGUGUGUCCAGGGGUCCGUGUUUGCCCAGCUAUCUAUUUUGUAUUGCUUUCAAAAUUAAGGAUUAUCUCCCUCAUGCAUAGCUCUUAUCCUUGGACGAAUUUGGCUCCACUUUUUGGCACGCUGUUUUUUGGCUAUAUUUAGCUCUAAAACUUCAUAGUUAUUUUGGAUUUCAAACAUUUCGGUUGAGCAUCACUGAAGAGACAUUAUUUGUCGAAAUGCGCAUCUGGUGCAUCAAAAUUGGUACCGUAUAAGUUUUACAUUAUAGGAGUUAUGAGAUUGAUCACUGUUCAUUAUCUUCACCUUUCAUGAAGCUAGGGAAAUACCUGUGAUGAUAGCACAUUCAUGGAUUUUCAGAUUCACAGCCCUUUGAAUUUUAAACGUAUUGGACCAUGUAUAACAAGGGGUCCAGCGAUCAUGACAAUCACCUCUCUAUAGCUCUUAAUUAAGGAAGAAAAAUACUGUAAUAAAUCCCGUACAAUCUCCUCGUGGCGCCACCUGGUGAUUAAUUGCCUUCAGUACCUGCAUUUUGAUUUUUGUUGAUAUUAUUCAUGAGCCUUAGAAACACGGAAUCAGAUACUAUGAUGUACAAAUUGAUUAUAAACAUUAUCAGGGAGGGGCACCUGCCUCAAUGUCUCAUGUGAUAUGAUAAAAAUGUUAAAAAUCUUAGAUCCUCCCAAGGUAAAAAUCAAAAUGAUGUGAUAAUUGACGCAGUUAGAUAUACAUGUAAUAUGUAAACCCAAACUGCAGUGUCAUAACUUAAUAUUUGUAUUUCGAAUGUGUUCGCUUUUUAUAUCUUUACAAAUUGUAUUCAUGUAGUCAUUUCGUCAUGAACGCUUUGCAGUUGCAUAUUUUUUGUAAACAAUGCAACUACGAAUCUUGAUGAAUAUAUUAUGUCUGUUCUAACAGCUGGGAAUUCUGAAAAAAAUGAAAAUAGAAUGUAAAGAUAAGAAAUCAAUUUCAUUUUGAAAGUUCAGAGGGCAUGAACUGCAAUGCUUCACACCGGCGUAAUUUUCAUGAAGCUCUAACACACUUCAUGAAGUCCGCCAGCACAAGCGCCGCUAUUCAUACCCUCGUGUAUUUUCAAAACUGAAAUUUAUUUCCUUACUAGAUACUAACAAUCACAUGAUUUGAUAGGGGUUUAAUAAGCAACCAUGAUAGUUUUCAUUCAAAGCUUUCAUAUUGCAGCUGUAAAUGAAAAGGUCACUCUGAACAUGAAGUUUAGAAAAGUAAAAAAGGUGCAAUGAUAAUUAAUAAAAGUUAUUUUAGUGAAAAUAAUUCAUUUGAAUAGAUGUGCAAUAUAUUGUAUACAAGAUGCAUGUACAUGAUGUUCUGUUGACCAGUCAAGGGCCCUGGAGGCAUGUUGACAUGCUAAAGUUUACUUUAAAGAUAUUAGUUCAGAACAAAAUGUGAAAUUGAACAAAUUGUACAAAAUAUCUCGGAUCAUUUUUGUUUUGUCCUUUUUGACAGCAUAUAGUGAUUUAUCAAGUUAUCAGCAGUGAAUCAUUUUAUUACAUGUAUCAAUAGGAUAUCACAUAAAACGCAAAAAUAGAAUUUUAAAACAUGAAUACUGCGUCUCAGGAAAUUGAUGCAAAAUGUUAAAAUCAUCACUACAAUAUAAGUUUUCGGCUAUUAAAAUAAGAUCUGACAAGAAACAGUAAACAAACAAAAAGUAUUCAAUUGAAAACUUGUCAAUAGUUCCUUACAAUAAGUGGUAGUGGCUACAUAUCUGUGGUUCCCAAUUAUGACUUGAAUAUAUCGCAGGGUAAAUGAAUAUAACAUGAAACAAGCUAGCUGUGUGUAUCCCUAUCUAUUGACUGUAUGUUUCCAACUCGUUACAUUGUAUAUUUCCACACUAUUUGAUGUUAUGUUUGUAUUAUCUAUGAAAUAGGUAUUACUUUUAGAUACCAGAGCUGAAUAAAAUAGCAUAUAUACA